GGCUCAAACAACAACAGAAGAAGAAGAAGCACCAUCAACGACAGGCUGAUCGUUGCGGGAGUGUUUAGAGAAUGCCUUUCCAUUUCUGCCCUCAGUGUGGGACAAAGUUGAAGCCUGAUUUCAAAUUUUGUCCAUCAUGUGGGGAGAAGCUUCCCUGUCUUGUCGAUGAAUCUGGACCUGUGAGCUCGACAGCGUCUCUAAGUCUCUCUCCACCCAGAAGGGAGGAAACAGCAGUAUCAUUAGUUAAAUCAAGUCUUGCUUCAAGCACAAGCUACGAACCCACAGGAAGCACGGUUACACCUCGUCCUGCGCUGAAAAAGACCAGAAACUCCCUCCGUCUUGACAGGGAAGUUGAAAUCAACAUUAAAGAUGCCACUUCACCCAUGGUGCCCUACUCCACUAGUCCUGUCAAAGAUGACAGGAUCAAAGAUAAUGGUGUUGGAUUCGGUGGAACUCCACAGAAGCAGCCCACAGUCACUUUUAAACUCAACACAGGGAAAGAGCCAGCUCUAAAGUCUUCUCCUGUCCAGAAAUCCCCUCGCACUGUGAGGGGAAAAGCAAAACUCUCCAGCCCUGCCAAGCAGAUAGAGGAGAGACAGAGGCUGACUGAUAAAACAUGUGGGAAAGCAGAGGAGUCAAAGGUAGACAGCUCUCAUGUGGUCAUCCCUUCCCCUCAUUCCUCACCAAACUCCAAGUCCCCUUCAAAAGCGUUAGGAAAGGGCAGAGCCAAGAAGGCAAAGCAUGCGCCCGCUGUGGAGCCGCUACAAGAGGGUGAAGAGGUGACUGACACGACAGGCAAGAAGUGGAAGCUGGGAACACUGCUCAGUCAGAGCACGUCAGAGCUCAUCUAUGAAGUUUUGCAAACAACUUCACGAUCCAGUGCCAUGGAAUCAAAUCACAUCCUCAAACUGGGAGCCAAAGAUGGAAGAAUCUUCAAUGAGCAGAACUUUCUGCAGAGAGCUGCAAAACCUGCGUCUGUGGAAAAGUGGAUCAAACAAAACAAGAUGGAUUUUCUUGGGAUUCCGUCCUGUGUUGGCUUCGGUCUCCAUGCAGAGUCCUACAGAUUUCUGAUUUUCCCCAACAUGGGCCAGUCUCUUCAGUCCAUCAUGGAGGAAGAAAAUGAGCUUCUGUCGGAGAAAGCUGUCCUUCAGCUCGCCUGUAGAAUAUUGGAUGUGCUGCAGUAUAUCCAUUCAAACGAGUAUGUUCAUGCUGAUAUUAAUGCAGAAAACAUUUACAUCCAACCAGGACAGAAAUCUCAGGUAUACCUAGUAGGAUACUGCCAUGCCUUCAGGUACUGUCCUGGGGGACAACAUGUAGAGUACCGUGAAGCCAGCAGAACACCACACGAGGGCACCGUGGAGUUCAUCAGCCUGGAUGCACAUAAGGGAGCAGCUCCGUCUCGACGCAGUGACCUGCAGUCGCUGGGUUACUGCAUGCUGCGUUGGCACACGGGGAUGCUACCAUGGUCUCCUCUCACUCAACCAGACCAGGUGGCCAAGGAGAAACAGAGAUACAUGGAGGACGUCCCUGCACUGUUGAGUCACUGCUUUGGGAAGAGGAGAGUCUCCAGUGCCUUUCAAACGUACCUGACUGAAGUGAUGACUCUGCAGUACUCUGAGCAGCCGGACUACUCAGCGCUGAAGGCCAGACUCAGUGCUGCUCUACUGAAGCUGGGGGCGUCACUGGAGCAGCCGCUAAGUUUUUAGAGAAAUGGAAGUAAAAGACAAAACUCUGGAAGAUUUUUAACUUGUUUUUAUCAUUGCUGUGUUUUAUGUGAUGUUUUAAUGCACUGACAGCAAAUGUCUUCACUGUGUUCAAAUGACACUCGUUCCGUUAAUGGAUCUUGAUGGGGAGCAUUAUUUUAACAAUUUGUGGUGCUGUUGUAGUUUCUCACAUUGACUGCACGGUGUUUUUAGUGUUACAAGGGCAACAUUUCCUAAACACAUACAUACUUAUUUGUAAGCAUAGUUUAUUUUCUUGGAUAAAAAGCAUUAUUUCUUUUUUUUAAAUGCUGCCUUAGUGUCCUUUAACUGUCAGACAAAACACCCCAUCAUUAAUUUAUGCUCAUAAGAAUCAAUCUUCAGUUUAAGAGGUGUAUAUAAAUAAAUCUUUUUGAGGAAAUGG